UACCUGAAAAGCUUCAAAAAUUGGUCUCCUCAGUUCCCAAACGUUUACUGAGUGUUGUUAAAAGGAAAGGCCAUAUAACACAGUGGUAAAAAUGCCCCUGUGCCAACUUUUUUGCAAUGUGUUGCUGCCAUUAAAUUUUAAGUUAAUGAUUAUUUACAAAAAUAAUUUUCCAUGUUCCAACAUUAAAUAUCUUUUAUUUGCAGUCUGUUCAAUUGAAUAUAAGUUGAAAAGGAUUUGCAAAUCAUUGGAGUUUGCAUGUUCUCCCUGUGACUGCGUAGGUUCCCUCCGGGUACUCCGGCUUCCUCCCACCUCCAAAGACAUCCACCUGGGAAUAUUGAUUGGCAACACUAAAUUGGCCCUAGUGUGUGAAUACAACGCUGUGAAUAAGAAGCCUUCAGCAAUUAUUUGUUAGGCCAUGGUGAAGAUUUAGGAAGUGACACCAUGGUCAUCUCCGAUAGAAACAGCAGCACUUCAGUGUCCAAGAAGGAGCCGCAGAAGGAGAAAAAAAGGCGAGCGUCUCGUCCUCACGGCCUGCCCUCCCCGGCGCUGUGCUGUGCCUGCGGGCUGUGCAUCAUGUUGGCCGGACUCAACAUCACCCUGGUGGGGGUGUUCGCCUUCAGGACCUUGGUUCCUUCUGCCAACCCUUCCAUCGUCAUCGGACCCAUCCUCCUGCUGGUGGCAUUUUCCUUUUUUGGGGCCUGCUGCGUGUGCAGCCGCCUCCCGCCUUCUCACAGCUCGCGAGGCUCCAAAGUGGGAGGGCGGGGCAUGAAUCUGAUGGGGAACGGCGGUCUGGCCGGGGCGGCGGCCUUCGAGAUAGAGACCAGCGAGCACACACUGCAGGACACCACUGCCGUGCAGCUCAGUCCCACGUCGUCCCCCGGGUCAUCGCAGCGGUCCAGCCCUGAAAGAGAGGCUCCUGAAGGGACUUGCAAGCUCUUCACUAUGGAGACCGAUGGCUCGUCUUCUGUCUCAACCAGAGCAGUCUACUCUGCCGCCACCGCCUCAGGAGGGGAGGUGAGGCUCAACCUGCCACGAGAAGAAGGUCUCACCUUGUCGGAGUACCAGCAGUAUACAUAACUUUGUCUUCACGCUCACUUUGUCUUCUGGUUAUUCUUACUGGGGAUGGGCCUGAUAACACUGUUGUCAUUAAUUGAUUGUUAAUUCAUUGCAUCUUAAAGCAAUUGGGGUGAAAUGGAUUGCACUACUUCUCUCCAACCAGCAGGGAUGCUGUCAAUUCAGUCAGCUUGUUUGCAGUGUGAAGAACACAUCUUAUUGUUGCAUGAGCAGUUUAAUUGUUCAUAAUGAUAAAAUAAAUAAUAUAAUUUUUAUAUAUAUAUAUAAAAAGGGAAUAAGCGAUAGAAAAUGGAUGAUGUGUAUAUAUAUAUAUAUAUAUAUACAUAUAUAUAUGUAUAUAUAUUAUAUUAAUAUAUAUUAUAUAAUUAUAUAUGCAUGUAUAUAUAUAUAUACAUUAACAUAUACAUAUAUAUUUAUAUAUAUUAUGUAUGUAUAUAUAUAAGUAUGUGUAUACAUAUAUAUAUAAUAUGUAUGUGUAUAUAUAUAUAUGUAUAUAUAUAAAUAUAUAUGUAUGUGUAUAUAUAUCUUUAUGUAUAUAUAUAUAUAGAGAGAGAGAGAGAGAUUGGAUUGUUACUCUAAAUGCAAGAAAAGUUUUGGGGAAAAAAGAACACAUCCUUUUUAAAAUGAUAAAAUUAUAUAUUUAUUGAUUGUAAAUUUACCAAAUUGUCGGAUGCCCAUCCCUAAUAUUUAGGGCCAUAUUCUUCUUGUCAGGUCUACUUUCAACCUUUAAUUAUAAUAAUUUGUAAUACUAAACGUAAUAAUACAUAUAGGAAUUAAUCAGGAAUUACAAACUGAUUAAAAAUUGUAAUAUUAAUAUACAAUAAAAAAUGCUUUAAAGGCCUUUUUGUGUUUUUUUUCCUAUCUAAAAAUAAUAUAAAAUAAAAUCAAUACAAUAUUUAAAAUAACUUUUAAUGAAUUGUUAAGUUACUCAAUCUUUGGGUGGCCAGCUCUAUUAUUUAGAGUCAUAUUCUUCUUUUCAGGUGUACUUAACUAUUAAUAAUAAUAAUAAUAAUAAAUAACUGGAUGAGGCAAUUCCUGAAAGAACUGCGUGUGAAUGCUUCAAUGCUGAAGUUGAACUGAAAUGCUGACAGAAUGUUGUAUGAAUGUAAGAAUAGUUUGAAUGUUGAAAAGUUAGAAUUUUCAGGUAGAACGGAAUUUGGUUUAAAACUUGGGAAAGUGUUGGUUGGAAUCUCUAGGAUGACUUGAAUGUGUUGAUGUUGGAAUGGUUUGAAUAGGUUGAAAAUGUUGGAAUUGUAGUUGUUUAAACAAUGGACACUUCAUUUUGAAUGGAGAAAACGUCCCUGAAAACUGGGAAUUCUUGGCAAUCCGGGAUUUUUUAUUUAUUGUUGAAGGAGAGCACACAUUACCUGUGUGUGGCAAUUGUGGAAUUUUUAAAUAUGUCCUAUUCAUUUCAAUGGCAAUUUCACAGAAAUUUGGGAAUUUCGUGAAAAGCGGGAAUUUUUAUUAAAAAUGCUAAAAUACUUCAAUGAUCUGAAUGGUUGGUUUUGGAAUCUUUCAAAACAGUCGAGAAAUGUUGAAGUAGUAACAUUUUUAAUUGAGAAAUGGUAUUACGGAAUUUCUGGAAUUUUUCCAGUUAAAAAAACAACUUCUUUUUUGUCCUGAUUAACAGGAAUGUCUUAACGGUGGAACGGUUGAAAUGGGUUAAAAAAUGUGGGAGGAGUAGUCGCAGGAAGAAAGGCUCAUAAAAGGGUUUAAAAAGACGGCAAUUCUUGGAAUUUUUUGAAAUUGGAAAAACCAUAGCUUCAAUGUGCAGAAUGAGUGGAAUAUGUUGAUAAGGUUAAAUUGUUGGAAUCGGUUGAAAAAUGUGGAAAUAGUGGAAGUUUGAAAAAUGGCCAGUUCAUUUUGAAUGGGAAAAAUGUGCCCGGAAAACCUGGAAUUCUGGGAAAUCUGUAAUUCCCGAAUGGGCUGAACUGUUUGAAGUUGGAGCGGUUUGAAUCGGGUGAAAAUGUGGAAGGUAGAGCAUGCCUAAAUCUGGAGAAGAAGAAGAAGAAUAAACAGAGGAAUUUUGAUGUGAAUGCUUUGGAGUAUACACACAAUAAUACGAGUAAUAUUAAAACUACCAAAUUAUAAUGUAUUAUAAACUAAAUAAAAUUGGUAAAAAUAUUCAAAUUAAAAUCGUCAGUUGUAGUUUUAAUGUUAAUAUUUGUUACAAAUGUAAUAAAAAAUGGUAUUGUCAUUAUAAACAGCAUUUAAGAACAGUUGAAAUAAAAUGGAAUAAAACAAGGAAAAAUAAGCCUCUAUAAUAUGUUCUGCCAUCUAAAAUGAAUGUAGAAAUAUAUUCAUAAGAACAAUUAAUUGAUGAAGUCAUCAGAUGCCCAUCCUUAUUCCAUAGUACCAUAUUCUUCUUGUCAGGUGUAACAAUAAAUAUAACUAAAGUGGAGUAUUAAAUUGGUUAAAAUAUUUCAAUCAAUUAUGAAGACAUGCUCCUUUAUGUUUUCUGCCAUCUAAAAUAAAUAUUUAUAAGAACUAUUCAUUGAUGAACUCAAUCAUUCCGAUGAUGCCCAUCCCCAUGACGUACUGCCAUAUUCUUCUUCUCAAUGUGCUUUUAUUUUUCCAUCCUGUGCAGCAUGAAAAACAUUCCUAUUGUAUAUUACGUACGGAUCUUAACGUCUUUGAAAAUCCUGUCUUGGAGGCUUUUUUUGUUUUGAACGUGCGUCUGAAGAAACCAACUGUUCGUCGCCUUUAGCCGGUGAUCGCUUCUGAAUCGUUCAAAGACGAGAGAUCAGAGGUGAGAGGUGAAAAGUGGAGUUGAAGUGGAUUUGCGGUGACAUUUGGCAUUUUCUAUAGUUGUGGGCGGUCACAAAGCAAUAUUCUCUCACUGGAGAAUAAAGGUUUUGGUAUUUUCAGCAGUUUAUUACAUUUCAAGCUACUGAUGUCAGUGUUGCCUUAUGGACGUGUGUUUUGAUAUUCACCGUGACUUAAAACUGUGUACAUUCAACCUAGAGAACACAUUCUGGUUCUCUAUACUAAGGACUGUCGCUAGUAUGAAUUGGAACUUUGUUUUGUUUUGUCAAAUGUUAAUGAACUUCUAACUCUGGAGUCUAUAACCUUUCAGCAUCUUGACAAAAAAAAUAACAAGAAAUAAUGCUUGGAUCGACGUGUGACAUUUUUUUAAAGCUGGAUUUCCUUUGAAAGCAAAGUUGCCUUAGAUUGAGAUACAGGAUCAAAUUAAGAGGGCUAUUUUACAGCACACACACACACACACACACACACACACACUUGUAUUUCUUACCUUCUUGGGACCUCGGAAAAAUGCCUAUACCUCUUUAGGACCACCCUUUCUAGAUAUAUAAAGAUUUGUAUUUACAACAUUAAUAAUAUAUACAUACUAUGCAAAUAUAAAAAAGGUAAGCUUUUAGUUUUUUGGGGUUUUUAAUUGGUUUUUAAUCUUCAUUAUUUACUUUGUUAUUACAGUAUGUCUAUAUACAUAUGUAUUUAAAGGCCUACUGAAAUGAGAUUUUCUUAUUUAAACGGGGAUAGCAGGUCCAUUCUAUGUGUCAUACUUGAUCAUUUCGCGAUAUUGCCAUAUUUUUGCUGAAAGGAUUUAGUAGAGAACAUGCACGAUAAAGUUCGCAAUUUUCGGUGCUAACAGAAAAGCCCUGCCUCUACCGGAAGUCGCAGACGAUGACGUCACAUUUUUUAUGGCUCCUCACAUAUUCACAUUGUUUUUAAUGGGAGCCUCCAACAAAAAGUGCUGUUCGGACCGAGAAAACGACAAUUUCCCCAUUAAUUUGAGCGAAGAUGAAAGAUUCGUGUUUGGGGAUAUUGAUAGCGACAGACUAGGAAAAAAAAAAAAAAAGUAAAAAAAAAAAAAUUCCGAUGUUUUUAGACACAUUUACUAGGUUAAUUCUGGGAAAUCCCUUAUCUUUCUAUUGUAUUGCUAGUGUUGUAGUGAGUUUAAUAUUACCUGAUAGUCGGAAGGGUGUCUCCAUGGGUGUCUUGACGCGCAGUGUCUCAGGGGAGUCGACGGCAGCUUUGGACGGCACAAGCUCAGCUUUUCUCCGAUAAGAACGGACUUUUUAACAACAAUUUUGUCACCGAAACCUGCUGGUUGACAUUCGGUUGGGAUCCAUAGGAAAGUUUCACCUCCUGGAAUUUUAAACAAGGAAUCACUGUGUGUUUGUGUGGCUAAAGGCUAAAGCUUCCCAACUCCAUCUUUCUACUGUGACUUCUCCAAUAUUAAUUGAACAAAUUGCAAAAGAUUCAGCAACACAGAUGCCCAAAAAACUGUAUAAUUAUGCCGUUAAAGCAGACGACAUUUAGCUGUGUGUGUGCGCAGCGCUCACACUUCCUAAAAACCCGUGACGUCUUGCGUACACGUCAUCAUUACACGACGUUUCGAAGACGAAACUCCCGGGAAAUUUAAAAUUGUAAUUUAGUAAACUAAAAAGGCCGUAUUGGCAUGUGUUGCAAUGUUAAUAUUUCAUCAUUGAUAUAUAAACUAUCAGACUGCGUGGUGGGUAGUAGUGGGUUUCAGUAGGCCUUUAAUUGUUUUUAUUGAUUUUGGCCAUUUCAAUUUCCAACACACACUUGUUGGCCGGAAGGGGAGCACUUCAAAUUUUUACACACACUUGUUAUUUCAUAUGUUGACCAGAGGGGACCACUUUUAAAACCGACACUCAGUCAAUUUGAAAAAUCCCUUCUUUUUGGGACCACCAUCAUUUUAAUAGAUUUCACCACCAGCGGUGCAAAUGAGACAUUCUCUAUUUGACGCAAUGGUUUUCCGUAUUGGGACCAUGAUUUCGGUCCUAACUUGUUCACCGGUCCUCAUAUGGAAGGUAUUGCUCGGUUGGUAGAGUGGUCGUGCCAGCAACUUGAAAGUUCCAAGUUUGAUCCCGGCUUCCGCCAACCUAGUCACUGCCGUUGUGUCCUUGGGCAAGACACUUUACCAACCUGCUCCCACACUGGUUUAAAAAAUGCAACUUAGAUAUUGGGUUACACAAUGUAAAGCGCUUUGAGUCACUAGAGAAAAGCGCUAUAUAACUAUAAUUCACUUCACUUUUCCUUGGUGAUGUCUCAACAAGGGCAGACAUACAAGAACACACACACACACACACACACACACACACACACACACACACACACACACACACACACACACACACACACACACACACACACACACACACACACACACAAGUAUUUGUCCAGCAAGCUAUUUUUUUCCAUGAUGCAUCUUUAAGAUUGAAGCCUGCAAUGAAUGACCCUGCAUAAUGGAACAAGAACAGCUCCUGCUAAUUCUGCCAAAAAUAAUUUUGUCAAAUGAAUACCUGUCCGAUUGGAUUGUGCAGGCGUACCUAAUGAAGUGUCCAGUGUGUGUACUGUACGUACAGUAGAGCCGCAGCGAUGUACAGCAUUGUCAGUAUUCUCUGUGAUCAAGAGUUUCUCUUUGAAAGCUUCUGCUGAAAUGUUUGUGCAUGUUCACAUUUUUCCAGAGUCUUUUAAUUACAAACUGAUCGUUUUACAGCGGAUUUGUGUGAAGGUUAUUACUUUGGGUUAAGUUUCUUGUAAACCAUUCCAAACAAAAUUUAAUAAAAAGGAUCUUGGGGUAAAAAAAAAAGAAAAA